GUGAACUACGUAACAUCUACUUAUUCAUUAAACUGUUGAAAAAUAUGGAUACCAUAUGUUUUUGUUUGAUCUUCAACGGCACAUUUUUCAUUAUUGAGCACUCAAACCUUAUGUAAGCCACUCGAUAACAGCAUGAUUGCAACUUUUGAGCGAUCUGAAGUUUAGUCUUGCUCAUGGCAUUAAGUCAUUGAAACUUUUUUUUAAAAGAAAAAUAGCUCUUCGAGGAUCUUUGCGUCUAUUUUUGAUUCUAAGCGGCGAAUGGUUGUGUUGAUUGAUGGUUUCUAUCUCUCAGUUUCAGCCUCUCUCUCCUCCUCUUCCUCGCACCCUCAGUUUGGAAUCCAUGAGAGCAUCUUCUUGUGGAGGGUCUGAAUACUUUUUGAUACCGGGGGAGGCGGGGAGAAAUAUCUUCUUGAAAGUGAUGGAUUCACCCCCGGAGCAUGAGACCGUCAGCACCAGCCUGGGAUCAGGAGGGUGACAGGACCAGCUACUUGUCCAUUGACCACUACACACCCACUGAAGCGAACCAACACCACUCCCCCGCUUCCCCUUCGCACUCUUCCUCAUCAGCCACUCGACCCCCCACAAAUGACUCUCUGGAUAAUGUCACUGUGGUAGUCAGGAUUCGACCCUUCGUGGAAAUGGAGACAAAAAAAUGCGACGAAAGAGUGGCUACAAACUUGGGAGGAGGCAGCAUACUGAUUGACAACGGGUGUAGUAAGCCGUUCACAUUCAACGCAGUGUUCGACGAGCACUCGAGUCAGUCCGAGUUCUUCUCGCAUUGUGGGGUCACAAGACUCGUGGACAAGGCACUGGAGGGUUUCUCAUGUACUGUGUUUGCCUAUGGACCAACUGGAUCUGGAAAAACACACACCAUCACAGGCCCAGAGGGAUGUUUCAGCCAGGGUCGCUCGGACCAGAUCGGGCUGAUCCAGAGGUCAUUCAUGUACCUGUUCGACCGGAUAGACUCCAUCAGCAACAGCAGCAACAGUAAUAACAACAAACAACAACAGUCAGACCAUGUGAGCUUCUUCCUAAAAGUGUCCUACUUGGAAGUCUACAAUGAAAAGGUGAAGGAUCUGCUGAACCCGGGGGGCAGUGGAGGUGGGGGAGGGGGAGGGGGGCGUGACUGCUCUCUGAAGAUCAGGUGGACUAAGGAGAGGGGCUUCCACGUAGACAAUCUGUUCACAGUCGAGUGUGAAACAAUUGAGGACAUCAUGAUUAUCCUCGAAGAAGGGAUGAACCACCGACAAAUGGGAGUGUCGAACUGCAAUGACCACUCCAGUAGAAGCCACACUCUAUUGCUGUGUGAAGUGUCCAGCGAGAGCCUCAGUCCAGAUGACCACACCAUGUACAUACACAAACACGGACACCUCACGUUUGUCGACUUAGCAGGAAGUGAGAAACUGAAUCAAACCUGUGAAGGAAAUUUGGCAGAGACGACCAACAUCAAUAAAAGUCUGCUCGCUCUCGGCAACUGCAUCUCGUGUCUGAGUGACAGUCGGAAGAGGGGAGGCCACAUUCCUUACAGGGAGAGCAAACUCACCCAACUACUCGCCGACAGUCUGGGCGGAAAUGGAAUCACUCUCAUGGUGGCCUGUGUUUCGCCUUCGUCUUCUAACCUGACAGAGUCCCUGAACACUUUGAGAUACGCCAACAGAGCCAAGAAAAUCAAAAACAAACCCUUCGUUGUUAUGGAUCCGCGUGAGAAAGAGAUCGUGUCUCUGAGAAGGGAGGUGGGGGCCCUGAGAGGAGAAAACGAGUACCUCAGAUCCCAGAUUGACCUGCCCAAAGAACAGACCAUCACACAGUUGGCGCUGAAGAGUGCGCGUCUGAAGUUGAGUGAGCAGGAGGGGGACGAGAGUGCGAGUCUGUAUGAGAUGGUGCAGGCAUACAUGAUAGAGAACGAGCAGUUGCGCAGAGACGCCACAGAACUCACCCACAGUCGGGACAAGGCCACACACCAACUGCAGGACUUGGCACAAGAAAACAUGCGUCUUGUUAAGAAGUUAGAACAGUUCGAGGCUGUCUUCGUGGCCCUGCAGAACAACAUGAACAGCAAUGGCAGCAGCAGCAGUACCAACAGGGGAAGUAAUUCCAAUAGUAACAGUAAUCAUGCCUCGCUUCACAAACCAGCCAUGGCGGGUCUCCUCAACCAGAACCAACAGACAACAAGAAAAAAUGGGGGUCUGCCUCCCGUGGUAUCGAACAAAGGAGUGCCCAAUGGUCUCACCAGUCCCCGCUCUACUGUGGCCAAAUUGAGCAGCAAAUCACCCGAGAGAAAACUCCCCUCCUCUCAACGACAACAGGCGACCACAUCCACAUCAUCCCAGCAGUCGUCCUAUGCCACAGGCGGGAAAAGUCCCCAAUCAGUGACUAAUCACCCAGGCUCAUUCAGGGCUUCAAAAGCGCGAGGUGGGGCAAAUCAGCAGAAGGGAGAGCGCAACUGGGACUCAGGAGUGUUCUCAGAAGACGAGCAGCAGCAGUCAGAACAUUCUAGAAGACAUAAGAUGAACAACAGAAUGGGAGCAGGAAGCAACGGUGCCACUGCCGCACCUUCAGUGCAGAACAGCAGAACCAAACAGAGCAAUGGUAACUUUGCGCAGCAGAGUAACGGCUCCCCCAGAAAGACCUUAUCCCAAAGUCAGAAUGCGAGAGGAUCCCAACAGAACUCAGAAACAAACGAGCUAGCCCAGAUCAACCAGAGACUCCUCAAAGACAUCCAGAGUCUGGACUCCGAGAUUGAGUUUUAUCAACAGCAGGUCAAGAAACCCCGCAAAUAAAAAAAAUUGAUCUAUUUAUUAAAGCAAAAUAAAAUUAAACUGAAAAAUCUAUUUGCAAAAACAAUAGGUUGAUCGAUUAUUGUUCUAUUUGCUUAAACUAUUGAUUGAUUGAUUAUUGUAAA